ACUUUAAACUCUGCUCUCUUGAACAAAUAUUUGCCUGUUCCCAAACUAGUUGAAAGCCAGUCACUCUGAAGAGAAGUGUUUCUGCUUUGGAUGAAUCAAAAUGUCCAAAAAUUAUAGACUCCUGGUGAAGAAUGCCAAACAGGUGGUCCUGAUCUGCAACAACGGAGAGAAGUUCAUGACUAAACAUGGGAUGCAAAAUCUUUCUGUGAUUGAAAAUGGGAGCAUAGUGAUAGGGAGUGAUGGGCUCAUUAAAGCCGUGGGGCCUGCAGAAAUCAUCGGAGCACAGUAUCCAGAAGCGUCCUUUGAUAAAGUGAUUGAUGCUUCAGGAAUGUGUGUCCUGCCUGGGUUGGUUGACGCCCACACCCAUCCAGUCUGGGCUGGUGACAGGGUGCAUGAAUUUGCAAUGAAGCUGGCAGGUGCCACCUACAUGGACGUGCACCGGGCCGGUGGAGGGAUCCACUUCACGGUGGAGCACACCCGAGCUGCCAGGUCCUCAGAGCUGCUGGCCUCCCUCAGCAGCAGGCUGGUCCGGAUGCAGCGAGCAGGUACAACCCUGGUGGAGUGUAAGAGCGGCUACGGACUGGAUCUGCAGACUGAGCUUAAGAUGCUGGAGGUGAUCGAGGAGGCCAGGGGCACCCUGCCCAUCAACAUCUCCUCAACCUACUGUGGAGCCCACGCAGUGCCCAAAGGGAAGACAGUUGCAGAAGCAACAAAGGACAUCCUGCAGGUUCAGCUGCCACGACUGAAGGAACAGAUGGCUGCUGGGACUCUGAGAGUCGACAACAUCGACGUGUUCUGUGAGCAGGGAGUGUUUGACCUCAGCUCUACUCGUUCCAUCCUGCAGGCCGGCAAAGACAUGGGCCUCCACAUUAACUUCCACGGAGAUGAGCUUCAUCCCAUGAACUCUGCUCAGUUGGGUGCAGAGCUCGGAGCCUUGGCCAUCAGUCACCUGGAGGAGGUCACAGACCAGGGGAUUGCUGCCAUGGCAACAGCAAGAACCGCCGCCGUCCUUUUACCAACUACAGCUUACAUCCUACGGCUGCCUCAGCCUCGGGCCAGAGAUAUGUUGGAAGCUGGAGUUAUUGUCGCCCUCGGCAGCGACUUUAACCCCAACGCCUACUGCUGCUCCAUGCCAAUAGUCAUGCACCUGGCGUGUGUCAACAUGAGGAUGUCCAUGCCUGAGGCUUUGGCUGCGGCCACCAUCAACGCAGCCUACGCCCUGGGGCGCUCCCACACACAUGGCUCCCUGGAGGUCAACAAACACGGGGACCUGCUGGUCCUCAACACCACACGAUGGGAACAUCUUAUCUACCAGCUGGGAGGACAUCAGGAGUUGAUCCGUUACGUCAUCAUUAAAGGAAACAUCGUCGUUGAUAAUGGCAAAACUAUGGACUUAUAAUCAGAAAAAAAAUGGUGAAGGUGCUAUCAAUAAUUGUGAUAGACAGCUAUACGAUAUUAAGGUAAUACUUUGACAUUUUUUGAAAUAUGUGUAUGUUUCUGGAAACGGGGAGACCAGUAGCCUAGCUCUGUCCACUGUUUUUAGAUAAAUGUCAUGUUAACUGUUGAUUAAAAUCUGCCUCUCUAUGCAUCUA